AAAUUGAUCUCUAAAUACUUACCUGUACUUAUCUUCAUUCAAAUACCAUAAAAAGGCUUGGGAUACCAAUGGAAGAUCGUCCUCCAGCAGACCUAAAGGAUGCAUUGGCAGUGACACCAUUGCUUCAUCUCAUACCGAAACAGGAUUUCCUGCCGUUCGUUACUAGCAGUCAACUUUUGAUACGACCUCAAGAGCAGUUAAUGAAAUAUGAUUCAUUUGAUCCAUUCAUAAUAGAUAACCAGGAUGAGUUAAUGACACAAUUGAUGGCAGGAUUCGGAUCUUUCUUAGAUGAAGAUGAUAUGAGUAUAGAAUUUCAAAAACGAAAUAGCAGUAUAAAUCAAAAUUCGACUACUAUAUCUCUUCCUCAGGUAGAGAGAAUGAUCUAUGAUUCAAAUAUUAGUCUUAAGAACGUGUCAGAAGAUAGAAGAUAUGGUAAUAUCCAGAGUUCUAUAUUUAAAAACUCUAGAUUGUCCAUUCGAAAGGCAUACGAUUCAAAUGAUUAUCAGAAAACUAGUCAACACAAUCAAAAUUAUAUAAAAAAGUUUCAAAGAGAAGCACUGUUUGCUCAAGGUGCCAACAAUAUCUACAAAUAUGACGAUGGUGAAGAACAAUCACAUAGUACGGAAAUACGAAAGAGGACAGAUGAACAUUUUGAGUCAAAUGUUCCAAAUCCUAAGAGAAAGCAAGAAACAUCAUCCCAAAUCCUGGAAAUUUCACAUAACGAGGUACAAAAAAUAAUAGAAGACAUAGAAUCAGAUACACCUCAUGAAGACAAUUUACCAACUUUAAUUCGAUUGCACGAUUUGAUUUUGAAAUUUAGGAAUGAUCAACAAGAGAAUAACUUAGAAGUUUCUGAGUUAUCAAAGAUUGAAAGGUACUGUCACAAAGUGCUUUCAGAAGAUAUAUCAGAGUCUCUUAACGAGUUAAUAUCCAUACUUGAGCUUGAAUCAAACAUAGAGAUUCAAAAUAAGUGGGACAAUUUGAAUCUCAUAGCGAAGAAGAUAAGUCAAAACUUUUUAGCUUCAAGAAUAAUUAUGUAUAUCUUAAACGGUAAUGAGAAUGAUAAGUCAUUAUUUUUGGAAGAAUACUUAAACUUGGCAGUUACAUAUGUGAGUGAUAUUGUUAAUAAUCUAGUUGUGCCACUUUUUUUGAAGUUAAAUAUUUCACCUAUCUUAGCUAAUAAUCUCAAGCCUUUCAUGUCAACAGUUUUAGGAGAAGUUAAUAUCCUUUUGAAUGAGUUUUCAGUUCAUAUUUCAAAAUAUGAAAUAGACGAAGGACUCCUUACCAAGCUAGAAUAUUUAUCACUUUUAAUAUUGUUCACAGAAGAUCAAUCAAAGGAUAAGAAUUCUCUAAUAAUGAAAAUACAAUUUGAUGCUUUGAAAUUGGAAGCUGUUAAAGUGAUAGUUUGUACGUUCCAAAAAUAUACCGAUCAAAGAGAAUUUAUAUUACAAGAAGUUCUAGAAGGUCUUGACAAGCAUUCAGAUCCAAAAGUUGCUUCCAAAUUCAAAUUACCAAAUGGUAGCAAUGUAAAUAUUGCAUCACUUCUUUUAAUAAAGUUGAUUCAGACAAAGCAAUCUACAGGCAAAGUCGAUAGUCUUGACCCAACCUCAACAGAGAGCUCGUUCACUAAUUCAUGUAAUGUGGCAAAGAGUAUUGCGACAUAUUUGGUAAACAACUUAAUGAAUGCACUGCUCGCAAAGUUUAGGAGUACUACACAACAAUUGAUUACAGAUAUUUUAUGCAUCUUGUUUCUCCCUGAAUGGGUUGGUUCUACGUUGCUCUUAUCAGCACUAGUUUCUGCUAUGGUUGCUAUUCAACAACAAUUUGAUAAUUCUAAUGUAGAAAAUUUUGUAAUAGAGAUGUUUGGUCUUAUUGCAGAAAGAGUGGGCUAUUUAAAAGGUACACACGGUACAAUUUCACAAUUGGGUCCUUUUAGUGACUUAAGUGAGAUUAAGGAUUUUCAAAUUCAAUGUGAAGUUAUUCUCAAGUAUAUGAAAUCUCAGAAGAGAGAUGAUCAAGCUGUUCCAUUGUUAUUCGUUAGAGAAAAACUUGCAAAUUAUUUAGUUUCAAUCUAUAAGAUUGUAAAUGAUUCACCAGAAGAUCUUUCCAACAAAAAGGAAAUAUUCAAGAAUGGAAUUCAGAGUUUGAGACUUUCAGACGGUGUUGAUAAAACUGAAUCUGACUUCGAUACAGAGAAUGUUGAAGCUAAUGGUCCCGACGCAUACGUAGGAAUCAUCCUUGCUUAUGAUUUGAAUCCGAUAUAUGAUAGUAUUAUCGAAGUAUUAAUGAAAUCAUUAGAAGGUCAGAGAAUUAAAAGCAAGAGUAGAUCUAUCAGAAUUCUUUCCACUUUAAUUGAGAAUGAUCUGGAACUUUUGAUAAUGCCGAAGGUGCAAUCUGCAGUUUCUGGUAGAUUGAGAGAUAGCUCUCCUCUUGUCAGAGAUGCGGUUAUUGACUUGAUUAGCAAGUAUAUGAAUCUGAAGGAGGAAUACGUUGAACAGUUUUAUGUUCCAAUUUGUGAAUGUAUCAAUGACAGCAGUAUCCUGGUAAGGAAGCGAGUGAUAAGGCUUGCGAAAGAAAUGUAUGUGAAAUUGAACUCAAUAUCCGCAAAAGUUUAUAUAGCGAAUAAGUUGCUAAGGCGUUUAAAUGACGAGGAAGAGUCUUUACAAGAAACUUCACUGAGUUUCCUACAUCAACUAUGGUUUACGAACGUUGUCGAUUCAGAUCAUCCUGACUUAUUAAGUGAAAAGACUAAAGAAUCUACAGAAGUCAUGGGAAAGAUAGUUACGAGUGGAUCAAAGAAUUUAACUCACUUUGAGGAUUUUCUUGGAAAAUUAUAUUCAAGUGCUGCAAUCAAAGAUUUAAGAAGUAGUAUCAUUGUGAUAGUUAACCAUUCGUUAAAUAUUGUUACGGAAGGAACUGACAACCACCUGAUUGACGGCAUCCAACGUUCCUUAAAGCUAAUUGCAACUUUAAUUUCCGUCGAUAGUCUGCUUGUGGAUCAAGAUCAAUUAAUCAGUUUGCAACAUUUUUUGGUUGAUGGUAGUAUAGAAGGUGAUAUAAACAGAAUGAAUACUUUAAUAAUUUUGAGAAGGGUCAUUCCGUCAAUUAAAACCUUUAGGCCAUCAAUAUUGGAUUCUGUCAAGACAUAUUUGUUAAAGCAAUUGACUAAAUUCAAUGUCAGGGAAUUAAAUGAAGCUAUGCCAGUGGUUUGGAUUUUAUGUGAAGCCAAGGGUGAUUCAGUUAAGCUUGCUAAUGCAUCGACGUCUUGUAUGAAACAUAUCAAGCCUUAUAUAGAUUCCAAAAAGCAUGCUGUUGAACUUAAAGCUGAUGGUAAGUUAUUAAAGCUUCUUCAUUUAUUAGGAAAUUUUGGUAGACAUUGUAACUUUGAAAAGUUCAGAGCUCAAUUUUUAAAAUCUGGAUUAGGGUUGAGAGAGAAAGAGUCAAUUUCUAGUUUAAUGAUGAAAUUCUUGUUAUACUUCUGUAAACCUGCAACUGAUGAUACAACUAGAAAUAUUGCUGUAAUUAAUGUCAUAAACUUAUGUAUCUCCCAUCCCAGAUUAUUUCUUUCGGAUCCAGUGGUACAAGUCUUUGAUAAUGAGUUUAAAACAGGUAAUAUUGGAAUUGUUCAUAGUAUUGUGCAAGGGUUUUGUGAAUUCAUAAAGAUUGGUGGAAGCAACAAACAGAAUUCUGAUCGUCAUAAAAAAUCAAAUGAAGAAAAACUGAAAAUAUCAGCUUUACAUGGAGUAGCACCGAUGUCAUUUAGUGAUGGUGUGUGUUCGGGUUUGAUACAGAGGUAUAUGGAUAAGAUCCUUCAUUUCUGUUUAGAAGAUGAUGGUAAGGUUUCAUAUCUUCCAAUUCAGUUCUUACAAUUAGUGUUAGGUCAAGGAUUUGCAAAUAUCAGAACAUGUACCCCAACCAUUAUAGCUUUGAUAUCAAGUCAAACUCAUAUAAAGAAUAUUGGUAUUGAUAUUUUAAAAGAAAUCUAUGAAAAGCAUGAAAGUUUGGUUCAAAGCAGUCUUUUUGACGGAAUUAAUAAAUCUAUAGAUUAUCGAUCACGGUUAGAUCCUUUAUAUUAUAAGGAGAAUUCAUUUAUUCCUGUGCUUUACUCCCAGAUCAACCGAAACCAUUCAAAUAGAAAGAAAUUCAUGGCAUGUUUGUGUCGACAUAUAGCCAUUAGUAACUCAGAAAAUGAUAAUCAACUACAAUAUCAGAGAAAUAAGAUAAGUUAUAUGAGUUAUAAUAUUGCUGAAACUAAUUUCACAACUUUAGAAGAACCAGUGAUGAUCAUACGUGCCAUAGAUGAAAUUAUGAUUAGAGAUGGAGCCGAUUUAAAAUCCGCUAUCGAAUCGAUUGGAGAUAAUAAUAUUACGUUAAAGUCGACUCUUACAUCUCAAUUGUUAUUGGCGUUAUUAAGUUUAAGAGAAUAUCUCAUGAAUAAAUAUUCGAUAACAAAUGAGAUAAUUGAAUUGUCUGAUACCAGUUCUUUAAAGCAAAAUAUUAAACCUUCAAGUUUAAUGGCGUUUAAUAUCAAUCAUAUUGAUAGUAUGAUUGAUGAUCCAGUAGAGCAAUCGAUUAUUGCGUCUACAUUUUUACAAAGAAUAGCUACUUUUAUAUAAAAAAAAAG